GAGAGAUGAAAAACAAGAGCAGAUGGCUGGACCGGUUAAAAUGAACUAGGGCACAGUUUCGGAACGAUAGUAUAAAUUUCGAGAAAUACGCAACUAAAGCGGUCAGUGCCUAACGAACAAACGAAGCCGGAGAAGAAGAGCGCAUAUAAUCUUAUCCUUCCGUACACAUACGUUCACUUCGGUAUUUCUAUAGCAUGGAUCGGUACCAGAAGGUAGAGAAGCCAAAGGCGGAUACGCCAAUUGAUGAGAAUGAAAUUCGGAUUACAAGCCAAGGCAGGAUGAGAAGCUACAUCACCUACGCCAUGACUCUGCUUCAGGAGAAGGGUUCAGAUGAAAUAGUAUUCAAGGCAAUGGGCAGAGCCAUCAACAAAACUGUAACAAUUGUGGAGUUGAUCAAGAGGAGAAUUGCUGAUCUUCACCAAAUUACGGCAAUUCAAUCGACUGAUAUAACUGACACAUGGGAACCUCUGGAGGAAGGCCUCCAAAUUCUGGAAACAACAAGGAAAGUAUCGAUGGUCACGAUAACUCUCUCGAAAAAGGAGUUGGAUACGAAAAAUAUUGGGUACCAACCCCCCAUACCAGCUGACCAAGUGAAGGUGCCUACAGAGCUCGACUAUGAUGGGGGUGAGGGUUCACCUCGCAACCGAGGAAGAGGCCGUGGUGGUAGAGGGAGGGGGAGGCCUAGAGGCCCACCCGGAAAUGGAUUUGCAAAUGGUGAGUUUGAAGAUGGAGGCUAUGAGGGAAACCGUGGGUAUUCGAGGGGUAGGGGUAGAGGCCGCAGCUUCCGUGGCCGUGGAAGAGGCGAAUACUAUCCUCAGUUCGAUACACAGAAUGAUGAUGGAGGCUACAAUCAAGAAGCACCUCGUGGCCGUGGUCGUGGGAGGGGGCCACGCGGCAGGGGUCGUGGAUUCAGGUCUAAUGAACCGGUGAAUGCUACUACUGCUGGAGAUGCUGCUUAGUUGCUGAAUGAGUUGAUGGCGGAUGUCUGCUCUUCUUCGUUUUUUCUUUCUUCGUUCUAUGUAUUUCCUCCAUAGAUGUUGCUAGAGUUAACAGUAGGAAACAUGUUAAUGUUAUCAUUUGUAAUCAUCAUAGACUAACAUGGACCGCGUACUGGUGCGUGGUAAGCCUUUUUGUUUUCUUUUGCUUCGAUAUAGUUUGGUUCGUUGCGUUAAUCAAGCGUUGCACUUGAUUGGAGAGCAGCACAUUCUUUAAUUUGUAUGUCGGGAUGAUCGUCGUGUUUGAUAAUCGAUAUUCAUAUUGUUAGUAUAA